AUACUAACACUCCAUUAUCAAUUUUUAUCAGUAAAAAACACUCAAAACCAAAAAUUUUAUUAAUAUAAUCAAUAUUUUUUUGUUUAUGUAAUAACUCAUUUUAGAAAUGAAAUUAUCAUUUCAAAUUUCACUAAGUUUCCUCAUAAUUAUUUCAUCACUGAAGAUAUGCCAUUCAGCAAAGAUAUUAGGUGUUUUUAUGGUAGCAGCUAAAAGCCAUUACAGUUUGGGAAACUCUCUACUACGAGGUUUAGCAGAUGGAGGACAUAACGUAACAAUGAUUAGUCCUUAUGAAGAUACAUUGCCAACGAAAAAUGGUAGUUACAGAAGUAUAGUUUUGACUGGAUUUGCUGAGAGAUAUGAAGCUUUCAUGAAACAAAUCAAUCCCUUCGAGCACGAAAGAACAAACGACUUCACAUUCUUUUUGAAAUUUCAAGAAGUAGUUUACGUGGGCAUGGAAAGGGUACUAUCCCAUCACAAUGUACAAGAUCUCAUCCACUCAAACGAGACAUUCGACGUAGUAAUUGUAGAACAAUUUUCAACCGAAGCUUUCAAAGCUUUAGCACAUCAUUUUAAAGCACAUUUGGUGAUAUUUUCAUCCAUAGCAGCCGAUAGUAAAAUUAACUAUGUUGUUGGUAAUCCAACAAUGUUAUCCUACACUCCCCAAGUGGAUACUACUUUUUCUAAGAGUAUGAAUUUUUUUCAGAGGAUUUAUAAUACUCUAUUAUAUUUAUUUGAAGCUGCUGUAACUCAUUGGCAUUGGUUACCUCGUCAAGAUGACCUUGUGAAGCGGUAUUUCCCCAAGGCACCAUCAAUAUUUGAAUUAAACUACAACGUUUCUCUUAUUUUAAUCAAUUCUCACGAGAGUUUACAGCAACCUGUUCCUCUUGUUCCUAAUAUAAUUCCAAUCGGUGGAUUUCAUAUUAAAAAACCUAAAAAACUACCGAAAGAUCUACAAGAGUUUCUAGAUAAUGCAGAAGAAGGAGUUAUCUAUGUAAGCUUUGGAUCUUCUGUGAAGGCUGCUGAUUUACCUGAAGAUAAAAGAGAUGUGUUGUUAUCGACUUUUGGCGCAUUAAAACAGAAGAUAUUGUGGAAAUGGGAGGACGAUCAUAUCGCAGGUUUGCCAGAUAAUGUUAAAACCUCAAAAUGGUUUCCACAAUUGGAUGUUUUGGCACAUCCUAAUGUAAAACUAUUUAUAACACACGGAGGUAUUUUGAGUCUCUCAGAAACGGUUUACUGUGGUUUACCAACAUUAGUAGUACCCAUUUUCGGUGAUCAAGAAAUGAAUGCUCAAAAUGUAUUGUUGGAUGAAUAUGGACUUUCGAUAUCUUUUCAUGAUAAACAAUUUUUGAAAGAUAAGUUACUUUAUUUGAUAAACGAACUUUUGAAAAAUCCCAAAUACAAAAAUAACGCCCAGUAUAGAUCUAGUAUUUUCCACGACCGCCCAAUGGGACCGUUAGAUAGAGCCGUCUAUUGGAUCGAAUAUGUUUUACGUCAUAACGGAGCAAACCAUUUGAGAGUUGCUGGAUUGAAAUUACCUUGGUACAAACAUUAUCUAGUCGACGUAGCAGUUUCCAUCGCUUUUGGAAUAUGUUUAAUAUUCUCAUUUUUAAUAUUUAUUGUUAAAUUUUUGAUUAAAUUGUGUACUGGAAAUGUGAAAACAAAAAUUUCUAUAACAAAUAAAUUGAAACAUAAUUGAUAUUUCGUCAAUACAGAAA